AUCCUCCAAGAAGGCAGAAUGAUUAUCUUUGUGUUGAAUCCAAAUAAGAACUUUGCAAACGUGCGUUUAAUUUGGAAAAUAUUUCUGCCGAUUUUCUGACAGUUCAUGACCACACCGAUAACUGACUCCUGUUUGUGCGUUUUAUACAGCGUUAAUUUGAAGUAUCCUGUUUUGGAAAAUAAGGAAAAAUCGGAGUCACCGACUUAACCAAAAAAAUAUUGACAGCUUGAUCGAUUAUUGAAAUGAUCUUCAGUUGCAAGCCUAAAAUCAAUCAAAUGUACCUUUCCUUAACUUUACGGCACCAAGUUUCAACCUCUCGAGUGAAAACAAUCCCAAAGUGUUUCAACACACGGACGGACGUGCAUGCGCGUGUAUUGAUUGCGUCCCGCUAAUCUGAUAAGAUGACGAAACCGUUGACGGUUGUCACUGUGGAGCGGACGCGAUGGACGCGCUCAAGUUGCUUCUGCUUCUGUUGAUCGCCGCCACCAGCCAGGCGCUACUCAGGGUUCCCCUGCAGCGAAGGCGCUCCGUCCGCUCGCAGCUGCGCGCCAGCGGCGCCCUGCGAGACUUUCUUCACGAGCACCGGCCCGACGCCUUCAGCCGGCGUUACGCUCACUGCUUCCCCGCCGGCACGCCGUCCUUGCGGCUGGGCCGAACCAGCGAGAAGCUCUACAAUUUCAUGGAUGCGCAGUACUUCGGUCAGAUCAGUCUUGGGUCUCCGGAGCAGAACUUCUCUGUGGUCUUUGAUACCGGGUCGGCGGACCUCUGGGUGCCGUCGACGUACUGCGUCAGCCAGGCCUGCGCGGUGCACAACCGUUUUCGAGCGUUUGAAUCUUCUUCGUACCGUCACGACGGUCGUACCUUCGGCAUCCAUUACGGAUCGGGACACCUGCUCGGGGUCAUGGCCAGGGACACGCUCAAGAUGAGCGGCGUGAGCGUCCCCAAUCAGGAGUUCGGGGAGUCGGUGUACGAGCCGGGCUCCGCCUUCGUGACGGCGCGCUUCGACGGCGUCCUGGGCAUGGCGUACCCGUCUCUGGCCGAGAUCCUGGGCAACCCGGUCUUCGACAACAUGAUGGCGAGCGACUCCCUGGACCGGCCCGUCUUCUCCUUCUAUCUCAGCAGGAGGACGGGCGGCGGUCGGGAUGCGGACGGGGAGCUCCUGCUGGGCGGCGCCGACGAGGCUUUGUACAAAGGACCCGUCACGUGGCUUCCCGUCACCGCCAAAGGCUACUGGCAGAUUCGCGUGGACGGCGUGUCUGUCCAAGGCAUGAAGUCGUUCUGUCCGAGCAGCUGCCAGGCCAUCGUGGACACGGGAACGUCGCUCAUCGCCGGGCCCACCGAUCACAUCCUCCGACUGCAGCAGCUCAUCGGAGCCACGCCCACCGGCAUUGGCGAGUUCUUCAUCGACUGCGCCAGGUUGUCCAGUUUGCCCCACGUGACCUUCGUUCUGGGCGGCGCAGAUUUCACGCUGACGGCCGAUCAGUACGUCAGGAAGGAGAUGCUGGGCGACAGAGAGCUGUGCCUGAGCGGCUUCCAGGCGGUGGACAUCGUGACGCCGCAGGGCCCGCUGUGGAUCCUGGGCGACGUCUUCCUCACCGAGUAUUACAGCAUCUUCGACAGAGGCAACGACCGCGUCGGCCUGGCGGCUGCCCGCCAUCCCGAGCGCUGACUUGAUGUCGUCAAUAAAGGCAUUGGUUCCUGAAGCAUUUCACUUGUGUGUGCGAGUGCGAGUCCAUGUGACGACAUUUCACUUUUGAGUCUGAAUGAAUUUGAGUCGCGAACAAGCAAAUCAGUUUUAAGUAGUGUGAUUUUGUGUGUGUGUGUGUGUGUAGAAAAAAAAUCAAUUCAAACAUUCCCAACAACACUUAACGACCAACUGG